AUGAAAGGGACAAAUUUGAGCAAUCCAGCAGGUUUUAUCCUCCUGGGCUUUUCUGACCAGCCCCAGCUAGAGAUGGUUCUCCUUGUGGUCAUCUCUAUCAUAUACAUUCUGACACUGAUGGGAAACACAACGAUCAUACUGGUCUCAUACUUGGACCCCAAACUCCGCACGCCCAUGUAUUUCUUCCUCUCUAAUCUCUCCUUCCUGGACCUCUGCUUUACUACUAGUAUUGUCCCACAAAUGCUUUGGAACCUCAAGGGCCUUGAGAAGACCAUUAGCUACACUGGUUGUGUGAUCCAGCUAUACAUUACUUUGGGGCUGGGCUCCACAGAGUGUGUUCUCCUGACAGUUAUGGCCUACGACCGCUUCAGUGCUAUCUGUCGACCACUCCACUAUAGUGUAAUCAUGCACCCAAAGCUUCUCCAACAGCUGGCAGCUGUGUCCUGGAUCAGUGGUUUUGUGGGGUCCACAGUUCAGACCAUCCUUGUUUUCCAGUUGCCUUCCUGCAGCCAUCACAGAGUGGAUGAUUUUACGUGUGAGGAGCCCGCCCUGCUUAAAAUUGCCUGUGGGGACACAACCUUCCUGGAAAAUGAGCUGUCCAUAGCUACUGUCCUCUAUGUGGUUAUACCUCUGGGGCUCAUUUUGGUCUCCUAUGGUCAUAUUAUUAGGAGUGUGCUGAGGAUAAAAUCUGCCUCAGGCAGGAGAAAAGCAUUUGGGACUUGUGGGUCCCACCUAAUUGUUGUAGUUUUGUUCUUUGGGAUGAUAAUUUCUGUCUACAUUCAACCCAAAAGCAAGUACACACAGACUCACAGAAAAUUCCUCACCCUCUUCUAUACUGUAGUGACCCCUGCACUUAAUCCUUUGAUCUAUACCUUAAGAAACAAAGAGGUUAAGUGGGCUCUAAAAAGGUUGCUGGGAAGAGACUCAAGGAGGGGAGAAAAGUAA